CUGCUCACUCGACUGGCAACUCUAUAUAGUCGUUGUUCAAAAAGUUCUGAAGACCACACAUUUGAUGCAGUAUUUUUUGCUCGUUUGUCGCGUAGCUGCCCCGGACUCUUGGCCUAGUGACACUGUUCAGCGUGUCGAGGAAAAAUGCAAAAUAUUGGAGCAGCGAACGCGGACGAUGCCUUCUACAGGUACAAGAUGCCGAAGCUUCAGGCCAAGAUUGAGGGCCGGGGCAACGGCAUCAAAACCAACGUGGUAAACAACGUCGAGAUUGCUAAGGCGUUGGAGCGUCCACCCGAGUACGUCUUGAAGUAUUACGGCUGCGAGCUCGGCGCUCAGACGAAUUUUGACAAGGGUAGCGGAACUUCGAUUGUGAACGGCGCUCAUGACACGCGGAAGCUGUCUGAACUGCUGGAGGCCUUUAUCAAGAAGUAUGUGUGCUGCUACAGCUGCAAUAACCCGGAAACUCAGAUUAAGAUCAAGAGGGAGAACAUCUACCUGAAGUGCAAGGCGUGCGGCUUCGUGUCUGACGUGGACCCGCGCCACAAGCUGAACACGUUCAUCCUCAAGAACCCUCCGGAGAACAAGCUCAAGAAGGAGGAGCAGAAGCUCAAGAAGGCGGAAGAGGAGCGUGUGAAGGACGCGGAGGCGUUGGGAGAGAAGGAGAAGAAGGAGAAGAAGAAGAAGGACAAGAAGGAAAAGGACAAGAAAGAUAAGAAGAAGAAGCGGGAGGAGGGGCAAGACGCCGGGGACGCGGAGGGCAAGGGGUCGGAGGACGAGGACAGCGGCAGCGGAGAGGGCGAUGACGACGGCGUUGUGUGGAUGACGGACACCAGCGCUGAGGCUGCCAAGCGCCGCGCACAGGAGCAGCUAACCGCCGCGACGGCCGCCAUGGUGACGGUGGGGAACCUGGAGGCCGAGCAGGAGGCAGCGCGGCGGAAAGCGGAACGUGAGGCGAAGCGAGCUGCCGAAGAGGAAGCACGGAAAAAGGCGGAGGAGGAGAAGCGCGCUGCGGAGGAGGCCGCGGCGAGGGCCGCAGCGGAGGCGCAGGCUGCCGCGCUGGCCAGCGCUGAUCCCGUUGUCCGGAUACGCGCUCUCCUUGACAAGGACGCAGCCACCAUCGUGAAGGAGAUCCGGACGCUGACUGGAGUCGACGGGGGCUUGGCGGGAAAAAUGCGGAUACUCUACGAGGCGGCCCUGGCGGGCAGCGACACCCGGAUGGACGUCAACCUGAAGGCGCGCAAGAACAUCUUCGCGCAGUUUGCCCAGGACCCGCAAAGCCAGCUAGCACAGCUCAUUGCCUUCGAGUACCUCUUUGCGGUCGCUGCGCCAGGCCGCAUCUCCGAGGCACAGUACGUGCUGAAGAUGCUGUACGAGCUGGAUCUGGUGGAGGAGGACGUCAUCCUGGCCUGGGCGCAGAAGGUGGAGGCGGGCAAGCUGCUAGCGGUGCCCCUCGAGGACGGCAAGUCCGUCCGCAAGGCGGUGGACAAGGUGGUGCAGUGGCUGCAGCAGCAGGAUGAGGACGAUGAGGAAGACGAAGAGGAAGACGACUAGAUGUCGACAGCCGUUUGGGGUUUGUUGCGCUCGGCGGCGUAGAUGUCUACCGGGAAUGCACCCUGCAGGUUUGCUGCCGCAUAGCUCUCCGGGUUGCAUUAUUUGUGGGCGUACAGCAUGAUAGGGUUCAGGGCAGGUAGUAGCAUACAGCGCUUAGGUUGAAAUAGUGAAUGUGCAUCAAGGCUUGAUGUUACGACCGACCUUGCGUUGAUGCCCAGUUUCCAGUGUAUGCAGGACGUUAGCUCGUUUUGUUACCGGGCGUGUUGGUCGCGUACUGUUUGGUUUUUAAGACUAUGGAUGCAAGGAUGUACGGCCCAAUUAAUUGCCUGCGUGCAUGCGGAAUGUCCGCACGUGCCUGUAUCGCGGUGUCAUGCGUCGCAUGGUGUUGUUAAUGAGCAAACAUCACGACACAUUUAGUUCGCCACCUGUUUACAGUUAGCCGGCUAGCCCCAUGUCUGGCCUGAACAGGCAUACUUGGCGACGCAAUUAAUACUUGUGUGGCGCCGCAUCCUAAUUUGACGUGUGCCUCGAUAGGUCAUGAUUAGCUUCACCAGCCCAAACGAUGUAAGCUGUGUUAUGACCCUGGGUUGUCUACAGGACAUGUUGCCGUCGGCGCUGUAUGUCCCUGGCUUGUGCGUUAUCGUGGAAAGUACCUGGUCGGGUUGGCUGCAGCCGCCUGACAUUUUCGGGUUUUCGAUUGCAGGGCAUGCGUUCGGGUGUGGGUGGCCUGUCCCAUGGUGAGUGGUGGACGUCGUCAUUCCAGUAUGGGGCUUCACCCUUCGCGCCAAAGUGGCAUGCAGCGUGGCGGAGGGCGCCUGGUUGGUCUGGGUCCGG